UCUCUUCUUCUCUUGAAUGUUUAAAUAUAUGACGAUAUUUCACUUUUAUUUAGACAUUGAAGUUUAAUCUUUAGCAUGAUAGUUUGCUUUUAAUUAGGAUAAAAGCAGUGCUGAUAACAACUUCUUGUACUUAAAACUAAAAGAGCAGAAGGUUUAUUUGCUAGUUAAUUUGUAGUGUAAUGAGUGUUUCACAUACUCGAGACGUUGCUGUUUAGCUUUACAGUUGAGGUGUAGAAUCAUGGCAAAUUUUACUGUUCAAGUGGAGAGUGGAAGAAGAGGGAAAGAUGGGAGUCCCUCAGUUGGUCCAGUGUACCGAAGUAUAUUAGCGAAGGAUGCGUUUCUGUCUCUUGAACCUGGCUCGAACACCUCAUGGGAUGUCUUCAGGGUGGCAGCAGAGAAGUUUCCAAUGAACAGGAUGCUGGGAUGGCGUGAGAUGAAAAAUGGGAAGGCAGGGCCUUAUUUAUGGAAAACAUACGAGGAGAUUUACCAAGAGGUGGUGCAAGUUGGUUCUGCACUAAGUCAUCUUGGUGUCAAACCUGGUUCUAAAAUAGGGAUCUAUUCAGCAAACUGUCCUAAUUGGAUAGUGGCCAUGGAGGCUUGCAACGGAUACACUUUUAUUUGUGUUCCACUCUAUGAGACACUGGGUGAAGGAGCUGUUGAAUACAUUGUAGAGCAUGCUGAAGUUGUUGUUGCUUUUGUUCACGAGACGAAAAUAAACCGAAUUCUGUCCAAAUGCACAUCCACUAAACAUCUCAAAGUAAUUGUUUCAUUUGGUUCGAGAACUAUGGAACAAAAUGCUGCUGCUACAAACAUCGGAAUGAAGCUGUACUCUUGGGAUGAAAUUCUUGAGAUGGGAAAAGAAAACACAUCAGAUCCGCUGCCACCAAAACCUCUUGAUAUAUGUACGAUAAUGUACACGAGUGGGACUAGUGGAGAUCCUAAAGGUGUAGUGCUGACUCAUGAAUGCCUUGCAACAUAUGUAGCAGGAACAGACCUAUUCAUGAAGCAAUUUGAAGACAAGAUGACAACAGAUGAUGUCUAUCUUUCUUUUCUUCCCCUUGCUCACAUUCUCGACCGAACAAUUGAAGAGUAUUUUUUCCACAAUGGGGCUUCUGUUGGCUAUUAUCAAGGGGAUAUACAAGCUUUGAGGGAUGACCUUAUGGAGCUGAAGCCAACUCUCUUCGCAGGGGUUCCUAGGGUUUUUGAAAAAGUUUAUGAAGGUGUCCUAAAGGCAGUGUCAGAACUCCUACCACAUAGAAGGAUGAUAUUCAAUGCCUUAUACAAAUAUAAACUAUAUUGGAUGAGAUUAGGAUAUUCACAUAAGAAUGCUUCACCCUUGGCAGAUUUAUUGGCUUUUCGCAAGGUGAAGGAUAGGCUAGGAGGCCGUGUUCGCCUUAUAAUAUCGGGAGGUGCUCCAUUAAAUACUGAGAUUGAGGAGUUCUUGCGAGUCACUAGUUGUGCUUAUGUUACCCAAGGCUAUGGUUUAACAGAGACAUGUGGCGUCAGCACAGUUGGAGUUCCUGAUGACAUGUCAUUGGUUGGCACCGUUGGCAUUGCAGCUACCAACACCGAGGUGCGCCUUGAAGAAGUUCCAGAAAUGGGAUAUGAUCCGUUGUCGACUCCCUCUUGCGGUGAAGUAUGUGUAAGAGGGACGACAAUCUUCACAGGGUACUACAAAGACCCUGAGUUAACAAAGCAAGUGAUGAUAGAUGGCUGGUUUCAUACAGGGGAUAUUGGAGAGAUGAGACCUGAUGGGGUUUUGAAGAUUAUAGACAGAAAGAAGAACAUAUUUAAACUAUCACAGGGUGAAUAUGUUGCAGUUGAAUUCCUAGAGAAAACAUAUAAAGUUUCUCCAAUUGUCGAAGAUAUUUGGGUUUAUGGGAACAGCUUCAAGUCUGUGCUCGUAGCAGUGGUCACGCCCCAUGAGGACAGUGUGAAAAGAUGGGCACGAGCAAAUGGCCAUGAAGGAUCUCUAUAUGACCUAUGCCAACUCGGAGACCUGAAGAAAUAUAUUCUUGAAGAGUUGAAGAAAGUUGCUGAAACUAACAAGCUUAGAGGUUUUGAGCACAUUAAAGGUAUCGUAGUGGAUCCUUUGCCAUUUGACAUUGAACGAGACCUUAUUACUCCUACAAUGAAGAAGAAAAGAGCACAAAUGCUCAAGUUUUAUCAGUCAGAUAUCGACAAACUUUAUCAAAAUAUUUCAGCAGAAGGCAAAAGAUAUGCCUGAACUAUUAAUCGCAUCCUUCAAACUUAGAAGCUCUCAGCUUGAAAAUAAUGCACGUGUUGUUGACUGCUUAAUUAGUUUAAUCCUGCUUACUAUGUCAAUAUAUAUAUGUUAAUGGAAACUAGUGUUCCAAACCUUUAAUAAAUUUAUGCUUCCGUUGUCA